AUGCUCUCAGCUGCCCGAUACGUGGCUAAAGAGAACAAACUUCCAACACCCGUGGACGUCGGAGUAACGUACAAAAGUGAGGAUGUGGACGACGUCAGCCGUCCACCGCCGCUGCUCAUGGAGUCCAAGCAAAUUGUGACCUUCGAGGGGACAGGCUUCGAGUGUUCGCUGCAUGAUCUUACAAAGAUGAUUCAUUAUAUUUAUGAUUUGUUCAGCACAGAUUACCAGUACGACUUAAUACGUUCGGUGUUCACGUCCACACCGGAGUACCAGCUCAUCGACACCCCCCAUCAGAUACGACACCCAAAGCGUCUUUAUACACAGCUAAAAGUGAAACCGAAAGAUGUGUCGAAGAAGCAGCAGAAAACUUCUAGAGGAAAGAAUAAGGAAGUCGAGACGAAAGAAUAUUUACAUUUACUUCAGCUACAAAGCGACCUUGAACGUGAGAUAGAAGAACAGGAAGAGAAGGAAAGAGAAGAAUGGAACAGACGUAACCACGUGCUUCCCUUAGCCUUCGCUGUUAAAGAGGAAUUCUUCGAUAAAUACUGGCCGCCGCCAACAUCGGAAACUGUUCCUGAAUCAGAACCCGAGGCGAGGGGCAAAGGAAAAACUAAAAAGAAAUAA